GAUCCCCGUGCUUGUUUUGACGUUCUUUUAUUGCAUUUUAAUUAAUAACUAGUGGGGGUUUUACCGUCGCUACUGUAAACUACUGAGCGCGUUUGCCGCUUCGUUUUAAUUAAUUGUAUUAUUUUAAGCCGCCAAUCUGGAAGUUAUACAAGUGACACGGGAGGACGCCGAAAUGACGUCCGUGGUACGAAGACGGGAGCACGACGAUUCGGGAGAAUAUUCAGAUGCUUCUCAGGACAUCGAACACAAUAACUCGUUGAACGAAGGGCCGCCCGAGUCCGAUUAUGACUCGCAGGGUAGCGAUUCUGACCACUCUGAACGGGAUCCAGAGGCACAGGAAGGUGAACGCAGAGUUGAUGAUGAUGAAGAUAGGAGCAAUCCUCAGUAUAUCCCCAAGAGAGGAACAUUCUACGAGCAUGAUGACCGAACCGCAGCCAGCGGCGAGGAAUCUGUCAACACGACAUCCGAAACGGCUUCAGAGAAAAAGGAGGGCUCCGAGACGACGACCGAACGACGCCGCCCUCCGCGAAAAUCUGACAUUGUCAAUAAAUGGACACAUGAUAAAUACAACGAGAAUGAACAGAUGCCGAAAUCACGUGACGAGCUGGUAGCGAUUUACGGGUACGACAUACGCAACGAAGAUGCCCCUCCUCACGCGAGACGCAACAGAAGAUAUGGGUUUCGACAUUGGCGUCGUGGACCCAACAAGUACACACGUACCUGGGAAGACGAGGAGGCGUACCGAAGACAGAACGCGUUGCCGCUGAGAAAACCACCGAACCCCGAGGACUUCCCUGAACUUGAAGCUAGCGCUAAGAAACCAGGGAGGAAGGUUCGCGCCCCCCGGCCCCGCUCCAAGUCGCAGCCGGCGGCGGGCGAGUCCCCGGAGCGCGCCGCCCAGCUCCGCCGGAACGCCUCCAUCAAAACCGCGAAGCCCAAGCCGCCGUUCACAAAGACGACGCCCCCGAAGAACCUGAAGCCGCAGGACAAGAAAUUACCGGCGCUCGAAACUUUGACAAUCACCGCCCCGGCGAACAAUAACAAUAGCAACAAUAACAGCCAAGGUCAGUCGCAGCGGAAGGUGAGCGCUAUGGUGGCGCAGCAGCGGCCAGUGCCCACGGACAUCAACAAGAAGAAGCCGCUUCCCGGCCAGAACCAGCAGCCCUCGAGUCCAGCCCCCAACAAGUCGCCGCCCCUGCAAGGCUCCCAAACGAAACUACAGAACCAGACGUCUCACCCUCACCCGCAACAGACCACUGGUGCCGAGCCCCGCGGCGGCAGCAAGCGCUACAGCAGCUUGAGGCAGCGCCCCCUGGCGGAGCCCUACACGCCUCAACCGCAGCCGCAGACACAGCCGCAGACCCCCGCUCAGACCUCAAGCCCGGGGGCAGCGCAGACCCAGCAGCCGCACAGAUAUGCCGGCCAAAGCGAGUUCACCGCCGGCCCGGCCGCGCCCGCGCCGCACGCGCCGCACCUCGCGCACCAGGUGCGGUGCACCCCGAACGCGCCGGCCCCCGGACACACGCCGCCGCCUCUCCAGGCUCUGCCACAACAACAACAACAACAGCAGGUCAGACUGGGGAUCAUUGAUCAGCCGCAACAAGUCGUGUCACAUCCCCACCAUCCUAUACACAACAUACAGCCGCAGCCUCAUACGAUAAAUCAAUUACCACCCGCCCAGGGAUACGCGCCCCCCGCCAUGAUGCCCGCGCAGUACAUGCAGCAGAGCGGCGCGGCGCCCGUGUUCGGCGGCGGGCUGUUCCCGCAGGGCGCGGCGCCCCCCUACCCGCUCUACCCGCACCACAACUACGCGACCCAAACCGGUGGGGUGACGUAUUACAACUGCGCGGAGCAGGACCAACAGCCGCGCGCCCAGCGGCGCCCUACGGCGGCCAUACCCAUCGUCAAGCCGCACGCCUCAGAAAGAGCUGCGAAUUCAACCGAGAAAGACAACAUAGAUCGUAUCGUCGAGAAUAUGUUCGUGAGGAAGCCCUGGCCCGCGACGCACGGAGCCGAUAAAGAGAAAUCAUCGGAGGCCCGGAGUUCGCAAGAGUCCGGCAGCAAGGAGUCCUCGCAGCCCGACAGCCUUACGUCCAGCUCCAUCUCAACGGACUCUAGACCUUCGGACGCCAAGGAAGAGAAAGAGAAGGACAGCCGAGAGAACGAGACGGAACAACCGCCCGAGGCCUGACCGGCGCCGCGCUCACAGAACUGAUCGCUUGUGUUGUGUUCGCAAACUAAACUAGGCAGAUUGUCUCCUCUGUGUACAUAUUAGUCGGUUAAUCUGUGUUGUCUUUUGAAAAACGAAAAAAAAAACUUGUUUAUCUCACACCGAGUUGCGAGAAUGAGGUUAGUUAAUUAACGUAUUAUCCAAUGAUUUUUGAAAAUCUUUUGGCCUGAAACGAUCAGUAACAAUGAGCUGUGGAGGAUCACCAAGCAAACACCAGAGAUCCUUAUGCAGAAGUGCCAUUGGAUUGGUCACACUUUAAGUUCACUCACCCAUCCAAGAGAGUACUGACCUGGAAAGUAUCUGGCAAAUAUAAUAUAAAAUAAAGAGAAGCCUUUCCAGAACAACUUGACGUCGCUCAGUAGAGCAGGAGCUGGACGUUUUGGGCGUGACGUGGAAGGAUCUGGAACAGACUGCCCAAGAUCGAUGCAAAUGGAAGAAUUUGAUUCGAGCUCUACAUCUCAGCAGAGGGUAACAGG